CUGCGGCCCCGCGCGCGCGGGGGCGUCCAGCACAGCGCCCGUCGCCAUGGCCGAGGCCCCGCCCGAGAGCGCCCCCUGCACCCGCCUCCAGGCCUCGCACCAGCCGGACGGUUAUGAAAUCCGCCAGUACGAACCGGCCAAGUGGGUUAGUAUUCCUGUUGAGUCCGUGGGAUGGGAUGAUGCCAUCCAAACUGGUUUUACAAAACUCUGGGAGUACAUUCAAGGCAACAAUGAGCAAGAGGCCAAGAUAAAGAUGACUGCCCCGGUGACAAGCUACGUGGAGCCGGGGGAAGGCCCUUUUAGCCAACCCACCAUCACCAUUUCCUUUUACCUCCCCCGGGAACAGCAGUCUGACCCACCCAAGCCCGUGGAGUCCAACGUCUUCAUCGAAGACCGACCUGGAAUGACAGUGUUCGUCCGGUCUUUUGAGGGAGUGUCUAGCGCUGUAAAGAACCAAGAGGAACUCCUGACAUUAGCAAACACCUUGAGACAAGAUGGAAAAGUCUUCGACGAAAAGGUUUUCUACACUGCAGGCUACGACAGUCCUUUGAAGUUGCCCAGUAGGCUCAAUGAGGUGUGGCUGGUCAAGAAAAAUGGACCACCCCAAAGUCAGUGAAUAAAAGUCUGUUGCUGGAAACAAUCGUUUAUCUUUGACAUCAGCAGCUAUCUCUUAAGCAAUAUUUACUGUCUCCACUUUGAGUAUUCAUUUUAUAAGCUGAGGAGCUUUCUAAUGUGCCUUUAAUACUAGCAACCAGCUUACUAGAGGGAUAUGAAGUUAGCGUCUUGCUGAAUGAACAAGGGUCUGCCCUAAGUUGUUCUGUGCAAGUGGGAUUUUAAGUUCUCUGGGUCUCAGGGAAAUAGCCACUGUAUGUGGAAAGAAAGCUGAGUGUAAUUGCCUGUAGCCUGGACCCAAGACAGAUUGAGUUCACCAGUAGUUGAAAGUCACUUUAAAGCCUUUUUGUUAUCUGGGGCUGAGACACUUUGGUAUGCACCUGCUGCUGCUUCAUCGUGGUGAACGGACUAAGUUAUAUAUGCUGUUUUCCGAUCACUAGCAAUCCACGAUAGCUUUACGGCCCGGUAAAUCUUUUGCUUUAUGUACUUUACUGGUAACUGUAAGCCGAAGCACUAGGUUGAAAUGGUUCCAGUUCUGAAUUAAAGCACUGAGAUAGUUACCGUC